GCGGCGCGCGCACGGCCGGGAGCGCGCGGCGGGGAGGUGCCGGGCGCUCCGGGCCGAGCGUACGCGGCUCGCUGGCGGGUGGACGGCGCGAGCGCUGCGGUCGCCGCCGGCGCGGACACCUGCGACCCUCGGAGGGGACCCGGCCUGGUUCUUUUGAAUAAUGGAAAAGGAUGUUGGGAAUCUGUUUUCUAUGAAGAAUAGAUUGGCCUCUGGGAGGUGAUGGCGAACACCUUCAGUCCCAGCACUGGGAAGGCAGAAGCAGGCGGAUCUCUAUGAGUUCAAGGGCAGCCAGGGCAACAACGGAAAAAUUUACUGAAAUAAAGACCUCCCCUGCCUCAGAAUGGGACCUUGGCUCCUGCCCAGUUUCCUGUGAGCCAGCCAGUUGACAGCUUUGUGUAGGGAUGCCUGGGAACCAGCAGAAAGCCGAGCCUGUAGAGAUGGACUCUGACGCGUCGCCCGGCUGCAGGCUCAGUGACUUGAGCAGAGGUGGCAGUCUGGAGAGCCGGAGCAGCAGUGCUCGGUCCAGAAGUUUCACUUUGGAUGAUGAGAGCCUGAAGCACCUGACACAUGAGGAAAAGGACGUCAUUCUAUUCUUUGAAGAGACUCUCGAUUCCCUGGAAUAUGACUUUGACGAGCCAGCCCUCUGUGACAGUGGCAUUCACUGCCACUCUCCACAGUCUCUGGAAGAGAGCCCUUCCAGUCACUCUGAGCCUGAAGAUGUCAUCGAUUUAGUGCAGCCAGGACCUGCGUCUGGAGAAGCUGAGAGCCUUCCUGAUGUGUCUCAAGUAACAGGGGCCCCAUCUGUUACAAAACAGGACACUCCUGUUCUGGAAGGCGGGAAACAAGCCGCCGAGGAUUCCCUGCAAGUACCAGACUCCAGGGAUCCCGAGGUGUUUCCGCUGCCGCCCUCCCUGCCUGUCACUGUGCCCUCUGCCCCACGAAAGGAGCUGAUGUCCCCCUCUCCUCCAGCAGAGCACCCCAAACUGCCCCGCUCCGUGCCCACUCCUCUGGUAAUUGCUCAGAAAAUUUCUGAGAAGUUGGCGGGAAAUGAAGCCCUCUCCCCCACGUCCCCUUCGAAGGAGGGCAAGCCUGGAGAAUGGAGGACACCGGCUUCUAUAGCCUCUCGAAACGGGGACCAUCUCGGCGUGUGGCACCGACACGCGGCCCAGCCGGCGCCCAAGGUCCACCGCUUCCCCAGCAACAUCAGCGUGACCAACAGCGCGGGCAAGGACUUCAACAAGACCAUCUCCAAGGCGGCCGUCAACGUGCAGGAGCGCAAGGCCCAGGUCCUGGCCAACAUCAACGGCAUGUCCUUCAUCUCUGCGGGCGACACGUCGGCGGAAGAGCGGGGGCAGAAGGCGGAGGAGCAGAGGGACGGCCCUGCGGACGGGGCGCGAGCCCCGGGCAAGGUGGGCAUGGCCGGCGAGCCCGGGGUGCCGCGUGCGGGAGGCCCGGCCAGGGCGCAGCAGUCCCGGGCAGUGCAGACGGAGCAGCCGCCGGCGCUGGCCAACGGCUUCCAGAGCGUGCACGAGGCCCUGCGCAGCGAGCCCAGUGCCUUCGCUCCCACCAGCAAGACCAUCACCUUCCGGCCAGACCCCGCGGUGGCCGGCAAGCUGGCACGCCAGAACGCCAGCCGCAGCCUGUACGAGCCGCGCCCGGACGGCAACCAGGACGCCCGCAGGCGCACGGGCUCGCUCCCCCGCGCCGUGGGCUUCCGGCCGCAAGGCAUCACGGUACAGUUCUCCGGCCGGGGCUCCAGCGAGGAAGCCCGGCGCGAGGCCCUGCGCAAGCUCGGGCUGCUGAAGGAGAACUUGUGAGGGUCACCGGUGGGACCGAUCGGCUAUGUCCACACGGGGUUGUCCCGUUCUGUAAGCGGAGGAGCCGGCUGGCACGAAGUGCUCCGCUUUUGGGGGAAGAAGACUCUGCUCCAACCUCUGUGCCCAAUGCAGUGUGGAGUCAGAGGCCAGCAGGGCAAGGACCAGCCCCUCUCCCCCAGCUGUCCUCUUCCAUUCCUGCGGUCCCGGAAUAACGUUAGGGCCCGUGGGCUUCCGUGACUGCACAUGUCCUGUGACUUAACCUUGGCUUGACUUGGUUCAGAAUCUCUGAUCUGGCCUUUCAUCCCACGUGCAGGACUGGAAAGCCAGUGUAGCUCUCCAAUGCUCAGGAUUCCCUCACUUCGAGAAUAAAAAGAGAGAGAGAUGCUCGCUAAGUUUUCACAGUGUCGUCAUACGCUUUGAGCUCUAGUUGUGUUUGUUCCUCAAGGGUGGGAGAUGGUACCUUGCCGGUAGAGCUGGGUUUGUUUCUUGACGUUAUUGUUUGCCCCAUUUUCUUAACUGAAAAUCUAAAUUAUUUUAGAUUAAAAAUAGAGUAAGACUUACCGUAA